UUGAAAAUUACUAUACAUGACUGGCUUCUCUGUAGAGUGUGACGUUUAGUUAGGAGAGAUGUCACACUCCUGUGGUAAAUCUUUUUUACCGUAAAAUAACUUUUGGAUUGCUCUGUGUUUUAUGUAUAGACUAUUCGUUAAUCGGAGUAAUCGUUCAAUUAGUUUAACAGAAUCAAAAUAUAGUAAAUCAUUUUAUUCAUACGUAGAUUAUAUGAAAAAAAUUAUGUAUUCUUUACAUAGUCUUACAGAUAUUGAGGGGAAUUAAUAUUUCAAAUGUAUAAGUCUAAUAUCAUGAUAAAUAAAAAUUUAUAUUAUUGAAUUUAACAUUAAUAUAUUAAUCAAGAUGGGGUCAAUCGCUUUGGAAGAAUAUGAACUUAUGAAAGAUUCCAAAUACAGAGUUUAUGUCUCAGCUGUCGACAAGGCUCUGAAGAAUUUUGAGUAUACAAGCGAAUGGGCAGAUUUAAUAUCAGCACUAGGAAAACUUAAUAAAGUAUUACUGAGUUACAUGAAAUUCCCUGUUAUACCAAGGCGAAUAAAAAUAUCUAAAAGACUAGCACAAUGUAUGCAUCCUGCUUUGCCAUCUGGAGUGCACUUGAAAGCAUUAGAAACUUAUGAUGUUAUUUUCAAAUGUAUGGGAACUAAUAGAUUGAGCCAUGAACUGUUUAUAUACAGUGCAGGACUUUUUCCUUUACUUGGUCAUGCUGCAAUGAACGUUCGACCAACACUUUUGACCGUCUACGAAACUCAUUUUGUGCCUCUUGGUGAACGAUUGAGACCAGGUCUCAGUGGUUUUCUAAGUGGAGUUCUUCCAGGUCUGGAAGAAGGAUCUGAUCAUUUUGAUAGGACCAACUCUUUGUUAGAAAAAGUUUGUGAAGGAGUAGGACCGACUCAUUUUUAUGCAUGUUUAUGGGAUUGUCUCGCAUCAAAUUCCGGAAUACGAUUGCCUGCAAUUUCAUUCGUAUUGUCACAUUUUAAUAAAAAAUUAAAUAUGGAAGAACAAUCCUAUAUAAUGGGAACAAAUGUUGACAUAAUGGUUUCUGCCCUUUAUGCUGGAGUUCAAGACAGUUCAGUUUUAGUUCAACGAAGUGUACUAGACCUUUUACUAGUUGGAUUUCCAUUUCAUAACAGUCAACUCAAGUACAGCGAUAUGGUUCUUUUACUUACUGCCGCAUUAACGACUAUUUUGCGAAGAGAUAUGAGUUUAAAUAGAAGAUUAUUCGCAUGGCUUCUAGGCACUGAAGUGAGUACGUCGAUAUUAAAAAAAAAAAUGGAUUAUGAACAAACAGAAUUAGUUGUUACUUAUUUCGAUAGAUAUUCAAAAAACAUGUUAAUUGAAGCUAUUAAGACAACGAUGAGAACUGUUUGUGAAGAAAAUCCAUUAGACCUAAAACCAUACAGAAUACUGGUAUCAUUAUUAGAUAAACCAGAAAUUGGACCAAUAAUUCUUGAUGAUAUUUUAUAUGACAUAUUUAGAACGUUCUACUUUGCAUGCGUUCAAACCGACAAACCUUUGAAAUCUCAUGAAGUUAUCAAAUCAGCCAAUUUAUUAUUUUCAACUCUCGAACCAGCUUAUGUUUGGAUUCAUUGUAGUCAGUUAUUUGAAAAAGCUUGUAUUGAAAGAGAAAAUAACCAACAAAAGUAUGAGGAGAGCUCAGUAAAAUCAGUCGGUAGUGGAAUGCCUAAUUUAUUAGAAAUUUGUAUUUUAACAGAAUUUCUUCUAGAAAAUGUUUCUGUUGAUGCAUUCUUAGAUAUUCCAUCAGAGCAUCUUCCAGAAUUAUUUUAUGAGAUUAUAAAUCAGUUGUUCGAAAGACUACGUGUGUUUACACCUAAUGAAAUUGCAAAAAGUCUUGCAUUAUGUAGUAAAAUAUUAUCCAAAGUUCAACCUUUGAGUGUAAUAACUCAGCCUGACAGUAAUAACCAAGAGACUAAAUUAGAAACAUUGAUAGUCAAUGUAAAUACAGGAUUAAACAAUAAUACAACACUAAGUGCAACGCCUUUGGAAAAAAGUCAGUCUGAUAGUAAAUUAAAUACUCCAAAAACAUCGAAUAUUUUUACAGAACGUAGUCCAAGUCCACGAAGAAGAGCAAAUUCUGGAGGAAUCACUAAAAGGAAUGAUAAAAAGUCUAGAAAAAAGUCUAGUAAAAGUGUAUCCAAAUUAAAUGAAAUGUAUGAAAUUCAUAAAGAUAUGGGAGAUAUAUCGGUAAUUAUAAGUGAUACAACAAAAAUUAAAAGCUUAGAUGAUUCGGAUAUAAAUUAUCAACAAAUAAAUAGUAUCAAUGAUUCGUCAAAAAAAGAAUCUCCAUCAUCGCAGUUAUUAAGAAAUAUGACUCAUUCACCGAAACUAAUCCAUAGAAGUCUUUCUCCUGCUCAUCAAGCUCAUCAUUCAAUGUUGGAAAAAUGUUUGCGUCAGUAUGAGUUACUUUACGUCAAACUAGUCAGUGAAAGGAUUCUCGGAGUAGAGAACAAUAUGUUGAAAAUGUUUCAAGAUUUAGUUAUUUCUCCUACAAAAAAUAAUGAUGAUAAAACCGAAUAUUUAGAAACUAUCCUUUAUUCUCGAUUACAGGAAACAAAAAUUGAGUGGAAUAUUCAAAAACCAGUGUUAAAUGAUACAGACUAUUCGAAUAUAUCCAAUGUUUCAGUUUCCUCAAUAGACCAAUUAAAAUGGGAAGAAGUUUUUAAAGUUCUCUCUAGUCUAUUAGUGGAAUUAUCAACAUUUCCAACAUAUUUUCAACCAGGUAAUAACCUUACUGAAGAAAAAGAACCUAUGAAUCCAGUUGUACUACCAGAUUGGCUUCAAGUUCUGGCUGUCUGCUCUUGUUGGUUGAAUAAACAACCGUCACUUCAAUUAACAAGUAUAGCAACAUUAUUGGAUCUUAUUGCUCUUUUUCGUGCUCACAAUGAUGUUUCAUCACAAUGCAAAAGUGAUGAAGGCGUAACUGCAGUUAUUAUGGUACCGCUAUUAAAAAAGUGGCACAUUUCUUACCUCACCCAAUGUACAAAUGUUUUUCCAACUAUAGCUCACUCACUUUGGUGUCAUUUAGGAAAACUUUCUCCAAAUAAAUAUCGACUGCGUUGUGUUGAAUUAAUUUAUGAACUUCAUCAUUCGCUACAUCAAUCAUGUGAUGCUGUUGAAAAUAUUAUUGGAUCUGCAUUAACUAGCCAUACAAUUGAAGACAAAAUUGAGGCUUUCAAUAGAUUUGCGACUCUUUGGCACUUGGGAAGAGAAAUUGAGACCAAUCCAAGAUUACGAGGAUGUACUAAAACUUUUAAUAAGUCCUUGUUAAAGAUGCUGGAUAAUUUACAACUUCAUGACAAUUCACCAUUGAAAUUACAUGCACAAUCGUGGUUGUUACAUUCAUUAGUGCGCGGUGAUAUUGCCAGAAUUGUCGAUCCAGUUCUGAUAAUGCUGUUAGACUCAUCAACAUGUCGAAUGAGUGUUCUUCAUGUGAGCAUUCAACAUAGCAAUACAGUGUUAACGAAAAAUGAUGUUAUUGAAGAGAGAUCUGAAACUCGUGAUGAUACAGAAGGAACUGCAAAGAUUUAUGCUAUUAGUUCUGUAGAUGGAAAUGUUAUUUAUCAUGUUAGUAAUUCUGGAGAAGACAAUAGAAAAAAUAAAAAAGGCAAGCAAAAAAAGAAAUCAAUUAAUCCGGUAAAAGUGAAACGUAUUUUCGCUGUCACAACAUUGACGAACACUGAGAAAGGUAAUCAGUACAUCACAGAAAGGAAUCAAUUUAUGAAGGAACUUGAAGUACCUCCAAGUAUCUCUGGGAAUUGUAAUAUUUCUGUUUUUGUUAAUCCACUCUCAUCAGCAGUUGGAAAUUCUAAUUCAACUGAAUCAUUAAUUGAAGAAGAUGUGAUAAAUGAAGGAAAAAAAGGCAGUUUGCCAACAGAUAUUUUAAAAAAUGCUACAAGAUUUAAAAAACCCAGUGUUGGACAAGUAUCAACAGGUAGUUUUGAUGAAAGCCUUUUUGAAUCAAUUAACUCAAUUUCAAAAACUAAAGAACCUUCUCCGAAGGAGACUAAACAAUUAAAUAAAGAAUUCGGAUCCUCUUUAGAUUCUAUUACAAAUAGUAUUGAAUCAAGUAGUCCUGAUAUCGCCAAUAAACAAAAAAAUAACCCAAAAAAAGACAUGAGUUCUUCUAUAAUGGCUAACAGUGCUCGAGAAGUUGCUGGAACUCUGUUGAAAGGUAAAUACAUCAGCAAUAAUGAAUUUUCUGCAUCUUAUGAUCCUCAUGAGACUGUGGCUAAUCUUGAAUCGAGUAUAGGACUUCCCGGUUGGACUAUGGGUGAUGAAGAUUGUGAACUUGAUCUCAGCACAACUGCUGAAGAGUAUUUCAGUAAUUCUAGUGGAAUUAGUGUUGUAGAAGAAGUGUUAAACGAAGUUGUUGAUAAAGUAUCUGAAAUGUGUGAAUAUAUUGAACCAACAAAAGCUUCUGAUGAAUCCGUCAGACUUGAUAGCGGUGUCAAACGGCCUUCUGGAGUUGGAGUACACAAUCUUCAUUCACAUAUGCUUCUUUAUUGUGGUGUUUAUGAUUCGGCGAGAACUCUUUAUGCCUUGAGAACACUAAGAAAUGAAUUAGUAACAAAUACCCGAAUAUUUUUAUUCGCUGCUGCAACGACAGGAAUUUCUAAUGCUAGCAAAAAUACAUUAUUAUUAACUCUUUUAGCAAGACAUAGAAAAAGUGUACUUGGAAGAAGUUUUUAUGGAGAUAUAAUGAGUACAAAAUUUAUUGCUACAUACAGAAGUAGCAUGUAUUUAGAAGUUUUAAUUACCGUAUGUCUUUAUUUUAUGCGCAGCUAUUAUCCAAAUCUUGGACAAAUGAGACUAACACAAGAAGAAAUUGCAGGAAAUCGUCAAGUUCAGCUCACUAGUGCUGAACUAUUAACUUUAAUAUUUUCUGAACUCGUUUCUAUUGUGAGGAACUCAGGAAAAGGUUUUAGUUGUUAUAUAGUUGAUUUAUUAACAAAAUGUAAAGUACAAAAAAUUAUUCUCCACUGUUUAGUAUCUAGUGUAUUAAAUAUGAAAAAUGCACAAAAAGAAAAUGACGAUUCAUUUACAUUUACUGAAGAAAUUGUACUUUUUAAUGAUCCUAUGUCUGAAAAUGAUACUAAUAAAUGUAAAUUUCGAGCAAGUGAUCAUACAGAAGCGUAUCAAAUGCAAUUAUUAAGACUGGUAUUAGCUGCAAUUAUGUUGGAAUACCAAUGUUCAACGCAAAGAGGUGAGGAAUUGCCUUCUUCAAACACUCAAACUCCGUCAACUCCUUCAAGAAGCCUUACGAAUUUAGCUGGAAGUGCUUUGGAAUAUAUUCCAGGAGCUCCAAUUCCUCAACAACCCAUUUUUCUUGCAAGUAUUCUGAGUGCUUUACAAUUGAAUCACAUGAGACAUCUUCAUCAACAUUGGACCAAUCUUGUUACUUCUAGUCUUCCCUACAUGGGAGCAUCAUUAACACAAGUUGUGACAUCGGUAGUUCAUCAAUUAUGUUGUAAUAUUGAGCAACUAGCAGCAUAUUAUGUGACAGAAGACGCUGUUUUAACAGUAAAAUUGAAUGAUAUCAGUAGCUUAGAAUGCUGUUUACCAGCAGAUUAUACAGUGACUCAUUUAGAGGCUUUAACUUUUCUUCUUCAAUAUUGUCUACUUGAUAAUUCUCAACAGAUUAGUUUCUCUUUUAACCAGUCAUACGGUGGAUCUUUUCAAACUGGAAUUUCUGGUGCUAAUCCAGGUCAAAUUUUUACUAAUCUUAUUCAUGUUUUCUCUCCAACUCCUUUAUCAUUAGAUUCAAUUAAAGAUAAAGCAAGUACUAAUGAACAGUACCUCCAUGCAAAAAGAACUGCUCUCAGUCAUUUACCAAGAAUUAUAGCGUCAUUAUCAACUCUUUGGCAAGCUGUGUUGGUUGCAAAAGAUAAUGAACAAGCCAGUUGUGUGAUUGGAAAUCCUAGGGUAGUUAAACAUCAAUUGUUGGAAUUACUCUCACCAAUAUCUUUUCAUCAUGGGGUAAAUUUUCUUGCUGCAGUUGCUGUAGCUUGGCAUGAAAGACGUCAAUCUUCAACAAACUCCAAAAAAGUUUUACCAGAAGCAUGUCCAAAUCAACAAGUUAUUGUUCAUUUAGUUAGUGCUAUUCGUGUUAUGCCUAUAGAUACUUUGAUACAAACUGUGAAUCAAGUAAUAAAAAAUCCUCCACCAAUACAUGGUGUAAAACAAGAUUUUUCACUUGAAGUAUCCGUCCUCGAAUUAUUGUAUGUCUAUAUGCAAAAUAAUACUUUACAAUCAUUAGUUGAAUCUUGGGGAUCUUUAUUAAGUCUGUUAAAAGAUUCUCUCUCAUUAUCUGCACCUGCACAAUUUUUAUUAUUGGCUAUAUUAAAUGAAUACAUUCAAAAAUGUCCACCAAUGCAAGAGAAGAAGGACGUUAGAGACCUCCAAGACAUUUCUGCAAAGCUUAUUGAAUCUUGUUCUCAAAUAGCUGGAGCCUGCUUGGAGCAAACAACAUGGCUAAGGAGAAAUUUAGCUGUAAGAGAAAAUGCACUUGAAGUAAGUGAAGGAUCGUCAGAAAUGACACCAGGAACUCCACCUAAUUCAGCGUAUAGUGUUCAAGCACAAGCUGUUUUAGCUGAAAUUUUAGCCCCACUCCUUGACGUUAGUUAUGGAUCUCAAGAAAAAGAAAGAGUCGUUACAUUACUAACCAAUUUAAUGUAUAAUGUUACUCCAUAUUUAAAAAAUCAUACAAUGAAAAAUAUUUCAUCAUUUAUUGCCUGUUCGCAACUGUUAAGUUCCAUAUCGGGGUAUCAGUAUACACGAAAGGCAUGGAGAAAAGAUGUUCUUGAUUUAUUAUUAGAUCCAGCAUUUUUCCAAAUGACCGCUGCAUGUUUGCCUUAUUGGAGAAUUAUUAUUGAUAAUUUAAUGACCCAUGAUACGACAACUUUUAGAGAUUUAAUGAACCGAGUGUCUAUAGCUCAGAGUAGUGGUAUCAGCAUAUUUUCAUCAAAAGAACAAGAGUAUGAGCAACGAGCGCAACUCUUGAAAAGAUUAGCUUUUGUGAUUCUCUGUAGUGAGACGGAUCAGUAUCAUAAAUAUAUGCCAGAUAUUCAAGAACGUCUGGCUGAUAGUUUACGGUUACCUCAAGUUAUUCCUUCUAUUCAAGCACAAGUUUUUUUAUGUUUUCGGGUGUUAUUAUUACGUAUGUCUCCUCAGCACACUACAUCGCUAUGGCCGGUUAUUGUUAGUGAGCUCGUUCAAGUACUUCUACAUAUUGAACAAGAAUUGAGUACUGACAGUGAAGAGUUCAGUCGUCAGAGCAGCUCUCAUUUGAAACUUUUAUCCGCGUUGGAUUCUUCAUGGGCUGUAAACGCUAACAAUGGACUUCAAGCUCAUGGCCAUCCUCACUGGUUACAGUUACAACUUGCAGCAGCAAAACUACUAGAUUUAGCUUUAUUGUUACCAGCUCAUAAAUUGCCACAAUUUCAAAUGUAUCGAUGGGCCUUUGUUGGAGAUGCAGCAGUGGGAAGUACCGAAAACAACAAUUUAUCAUCAGACUUUGUACCACAUAUAACAAGAAUAGCAAAGCUUAUGGAUGCCAAGUUUCUUCAAAAUCCUCCGGUAUACGUAACUCCAGGAGAAUUACUCGUAACUUCAAAUAAAAUUCAUUCACUUCAAGAUCUACAUCACUUUUUUACUGGUUUGAGCUGCAGAUCUAGAGAUUCGGAUGCUCCUUUAAAUAUUACACAAUUGGAGGCAGUAAUUGAACAAGACUUUCUCGAAUCUAUGCCACCCAUAGUCACAUCUCGAUAAUAGACAACUUAUUUUGAGAUUUUGAUUAUUAAAUAAAGUAUGCAACAUUUAAAUUCUAAUAAUUGAUGACACUAAAUGAUGAAUUUGUUUUUUAUCACGCACUAAUCUUUGAUUAAAAAAAGAGCUUUUUAUUGAAUGAGUAAUUCAUUCUCAUAAAACAAUUAAUUGACUUAUAAAGAAUAAUUAUCGAAAUGUUAAUAUUUUUAAUUGACAAAUGCAAUAAUUGUUAGUUUGUUAUUUUGACAAAAAUUAUUUAUAUUUAUUUGAUUGAAAAUAGCAUAAUGAAAUCUAAAUUUUCAAACAAAAAUAUUGUCUUAGCAUAAUUAAGAAUUAUUAAACCAAUAUUCAGAAUUAAAUUUACAAUAAAAGAUUGAUCUUCAUUUCCUAGAUUAAACUGUGAAUAUCGUGCCAUAACAGCAUAAAGAGAAAAAAGACGUAUUUAAUAAAAUCGAAUAUUUUCCUGUACAUAAAACCUCUUAAAUAUAAAUAAUAUAACACAUAUAAUAUAAUGAUAACUAAAAGAUAUCAGCCGUAGAAUUGUUGUAAAAUAUACAUAAUAGAAGUCAAAAAAGUGAUUUUAAUUUGAUUAUCGUUAUUAAUAAAUAUAAUUACUAUUUAAGCUUGUCAUUCGUCUCCUCAUUCGGUUGUGAAUAGCUCGAUAUGUACGAUCUCCAAAGGGUAGAAAAUAUCAGUGAAUCGUACAGAAUAAUCGGUUACAAAGUUACGUGAAUAUAUAUUAAUGAUGUAAUUAAACGAUUGAAAAAUAUGCAUACAGCUGCAUUUAUGUAAAUUAUGUAAAUGAUAAAUUUGUUAUUUAAUUAUUUUUCAUUUGUUGUGCUAUCAUUA